CCCCGCACCGAGCCAGGCACGGCCCGCAGUGCCGCCUCAGCAGAAGGCUCCUGGAAGAGCCGAGGCCCCGCUCUUUAGAGAGCCUCAUCGCUGCCGCCUCCCCGGAUGGCGGAGCCGCCAGAUCCCGUUCGCUGGACAGCAGCCUGGCUAAGGCCGAGCCUUCACAGGCAGCGCAGCAGUCCCCGCUGGUGGGGAUCCCCCUGAAGAGUCCCUGCCUGGAGCAGGAGGAGGCCCAAAAGGCCUUAGAAGAAGAUGCCCAUCCGCAGGAAGGAGCAGCCAAGGAGCUUCCCAUGAAGCCCACUAGCAAGGAGGGUCCCUUGGAGUGCUUGGACUCACCUCCGGAAGGGAAGAUAGGGAGCUGGGGGUCUGCUGGAGAAGGUGCAACCCAGGCAGGGUUGCAGCAGCAGGAGUGGCUCUCUGGCAACAGUUAUAGCCAACUGGUGAAGCAGAACAUGGACCUGUUAAGUGCCCUGGAGGAUCUAGAGCGACGAUGCACAGCUCUUAAGGAAGAGAAUGGCCUUCUAAGGAGAAACAGUUUUCCUGAAAUGCAGGAGAAGGUGAAGCGGUUGAAGAGGAAAAAUGCAGAGCUGGCCAUCAUUGCCAAGCGAUUGGAAGAGAGAGCCAGGAAACUCCAGGAGUCCAACCUAAAGGUGGUCAAUGCCCCAAUACCACUGCCCUUCAAAGGCUCCAAUGUGGAACUAUGCAAAAAAGCUUUUGCCCGGCAGCGGGCAAAAGAUUUAAGCGAACAAGCCAGCAUCCUUCUGGCCAAAGAUAAACAGAUAGACAGUUUGCAAAGAGAGUGUUGGGAGCUGCAGGCCAAACUGGCCACAGGCAAGGAAGGCUCAUGCUGGCUCAAUUUAAGUGAUUUUGAUCAUUUGUUGAGGGAGUCUCAGAAAGAAGUGUUACGUUUACAGAGACAAAUCACACUGAAGAACUUGAAAGAGUCUCUACAGUUCUCCAAAAUUGGUCCAGACACUGGUUCUUCAGCUCCUACCAUGUGCCUAACACAGGAAACACUCGUGACCCACAUUGAUAGAAGCUUAGAUGCUUCAUCUUUGCCAAAACAAACACCAUCAGGAUCAAUCAUUUUGGUAAAGGACAUUAAACCAGUAGUACCAUGUUUGGGAAAUGUGUCUGAGGAAUAUGAAAAUAUCCCUUUAAAAACAGACUCAGACAGCAAAAAAAUACAGCAGUUGGAAAUAGAGCUUAGUAAAAAAAUUAAGCAGUGUGAAACCCUUGAACAAGAAGUGGAGAAAAAGCAGAAAAAAUGUGAAGAGUUGGAAAUGCAGCUUAGAAAAGUGCUGAUGGAAAAUGCCAGAAUGGCUGAGGAAAAUGCUCAACUCAGUGGAAAAACUAAAUGGACUGAGAAGGUGGAAUCCGAAAAUGCUGACUUAAAGGAGAAAUUAAUGGGCAUGACAGAGGAAAAGAAUUCCGCUGUCCAAUUGACCGAAGGACUUCAAACCAAGGUAGAGGAUCUAGAGCUUAUUUUGAAGGACAUGAAAGAAAUGGCAGAGAAAAGGCAGCAGCUGGAAGUUGACCAUGAGGAAGCACUGUUAGCACUUCAGAAGAAAGAAGAGGAGGUCAAAUAUUUGCAGCAGGCUCAGAUAGAAGCAAAAAGGGAACAUGAAGAUGUAGUACAGCUAUUAGAAGCCCAGGUAAGAGAAUUGGAGAAUCAGUAUCAUAGUCAAACUGAACAUUUUAAUCUUCUGUCUCAGGAACUUGAACAAUUACAAAUAAAAAAUUCUGACCUUAUGUCUUCAGAGUUGCCACAUUCUAUGUGCCAUUCCUCAGAAGAUUGCCAUGCUCUUCAGUGCAGUAAAAAUAUUAAUCACAUAGAGUUUGUGGCCACUCCAACAGCUUCUAAGAAACAAACCAAGAAACUGGAGUUCCAGUCAAACUCUUCAAAAUCAGAAUCCAUACAGUACAGUCCAAAGUAUUUUCCCACUCCAGAGGGAGAUAGUGCAAGUGAGAUGGAUGAAGUGGAGACAGAGAAAUUUUCCCUAAGCUUGGAGCCUGAGAGACAAGGUCCUGCAAAACUUCAAGUUUUUUUAGCUCGUUACAGCUAUGACCCUUUUGAUGGUCCUAAUAAGAACCCUGAGGCAGAGCUUCCCCUGACAGCUGGAGAAUACGUUUACAUCUAUGGAGACAUGGAUGAGGAUGGCUUCUUUGAAGGAGAGUUGAUGGAUGGCAGAAGAGGGCUGGUUCCCUCUAAUUUGAUAGAAGAAGUUUCAGAUGAUGAUCUCAUGACUUUUGUGCCUCCAAAGACAAGUAAUCUCUCCUGUGCUUCAGAUCAUGAAAUGAGUUUCCUCAGCAGAAGUGCUAGUAGUGGUGAAAAGAGUGAAGAUGAAGAAAUCCUUGUCAGUCUAUUGCUUAAUAGACUAGAAGGAGACAUGGAGAUGCCUGAUGAUCAUGUAGCUGUGCCUUGUCCACGAAAUUUGACUCUAAUCAAACAAUUUACAGGAAGUGUUGUUAUAUUCUGGGAGCCACCACUCAUGCCAGCUGGCUGGGGAGAUGUGCAGAGCUAUAACAUUUACAUAGAUACAGAACUAUACCAAAAUGUAAGGUCUGGUUGUCAGACUCAAGCAACAAUUGAGAAUUUGGAUUUAAAGUUUAAGUCAUAUCGGAUCUCUGUACAAAGUGUGACUGAGAAGGGAAACUCAGAUAAGAAGCAAUGCACUUUCCUCGUGGGGCAUGGUUUCCAUAUAGCGCCAGCACUUCUGAAACUUAGGAGUGUCACUGCCACUUCAGCAGAGGUCACUUGGUUGCCAAGCAGUAGCAACUACACUCAUGCAGUGUACCUUAAUGAGAAGGAGUAUGAUGUAACAAAGGAAGGGAUCUACUGGUACACUUUCUACAACUUGCAACCCAACACUCAGUACAAAGCAAGAGUGGAAACAAAGCCUCAGAAGUUACUAUGGGAUUUGCCUCAAGAGGAAUGGGAACAGAAAUCUUCAAUGAUUAAAUUCAUUACACCAUCAGUGGGACCACCUGAUGCUCCACUUGAUGUCCAAGUACAGCCUGGUCACUCAGCAGACAUUCUAGUUAUCAGUUGGAUACCAGUGACAAUUGAUGCAGCAGGAUCAUCUAAUGGGGUACAAGUUACUGGUUAUGCUGUAUAUGUAAAUGGUCAAAGAGUAACUGAAGUUAUGUCUCCAACAGCUGGGAGUGCCAUAUUAGAACUGUCCCAAUUAAAGAUGCUACCAGGAUCUCAGAGGGUUUCUGUGAGAACUGUAUCACCCAAUGGAGAAUCAGUUGAUUCUGUGCCAGCUCUGAUUCCCUCAGCUGUCUUGAAUGUUCCCUGUUGUUCUUCAUCAUUAAAGUCCCUGUCUACCAGUCUGAACUCUGAAUUGCUCUAUGGGGAAUUAAUAGACUCUCAGAAUGUGAAAAACUCUUUCAUGCAUUUCAUGUCUUCUCCCUCUUCAGAGAUGUGCAUGGCCAGUCAAGAUGAAAAAUUCACCAUUCAUUUUGCCUCCAACUGUGGAGACUCAGUAGCUUCUCUGCCAGCAAGCAUCCCCACACACCAGUUCUCCUCUCAGAGUUCUUCCUUGAUAAAUGAGCUUGCAAUGUGCAACACUGGUGAUAAUGUAGCAAGAGAUAAAGAUGAUAAUUGUUUAAAGUCUUAUCAGACAGCAGUCAGCGUGCAACCUGUGGACCUUGUCUUUCCAUCCAGAUGGUAUGAAGAAUCAGUCAAUUCCAGUAUGCCAACAUUAAAAGAACUUUCUGAAGACAGCCAGAGAAAGAGGGUAAAAAAGCUCUUUGUAACUAAAAAAGCUGUACUUGAAAAUCAAACGGUCACUAGUAACGUGAAAAUGUCUAUGACCACCCAGUGUGUGCACCCUGAUGACAAGUCUGUGAAAGAUUCAACCACUCAAGAUAUUGAAGGCUAUGAUGAGAGCUGCUUAAGUUCUGUACCUCAGCUGUGUUCUAGUCAACUUGAAUUAGAGGAGGAAUGUUACAGAGACAUAGGUAUACAGGGUAUCUGUGUUCAGGAAAUCCCAGAUGUUUCCACUGAGAAGAAACAGAUGAAAGAAUUAUCCAAAGAAGACCCUAGCCUUGGGAUGCCUAGAAGUGAAAUACAAGAAGACCAAACGUCAAGAACAGGAAACUGGCAAUUGAAUCCUGUUGGUGAUCACAGCCAUAGUUCUGAUCUUUCAGAUAUUUUGGAAGAGGAAGAAGAAGACCUGGAUUUAAACAUGCAGGAAGAAAAUAUAUUAAAGAUGGCUGGUAAUGAUAACAGUCUAACAGAGCUUCCAGAGUUUCCCAUGCAGUGGGUGGCUCAAAACAGAAAUAUGAGCAAGUCUUUAAGAGUAGGCCAAGCAGGGACAUCUUCAUUUUCUAAAACAGGCCCUUUGAAAAGCUUUGUCUCAGAGGAAAUAGUGAAUGAUGAUUCAUUAAGAAUGUUUGUGGCCCUUUUUGACUAUGAUCCCAUAUCUAUGUCACCUAAUCUUGAUGCAGCUGAAGAGGAGCUCGCAUUUAAAAAAGGGCAGAUUCUAAAGGUGGUUGGUGAUAAAGAUGAUGAUGGCUUUUACAGAGGUGAAUAUGCAGGUAGGGUAGGGUAUAUUCCCUAUAAUAUGGUGUCUGAAGUGCAUGUGGAGAGAAAUGAAAUGAAACAGCAUCUGUUAAAACAAGAUUCUGUUACUGAUGAAAAAUCUGUGAGUAACUUAGUGGAGGUGGAUGCACAGAAUAACAGUAAGUCUGUCUCAGAACACAGCUUGCAGGAUAGCAAAGAUGAACAGCUUCCUUCUAAGACAAUGGUGGCUGUCUGUGAUCACAACCCAGGGGAGAACUCAUUAAAUGCAAAUGUGGAAGGUGUACUCACAUUUAGUGUUGGGGACAUCAUCACAGUAUUUGGGUCAGUGGAUGAUGAUGGAUUCUACUAUGGAGAGUUCAAUGGACAGAGAGGCUUUAUUCCUUCUGACCUUCUCACAGCUAUUUCUUGGGAUGAAGAAUAAAAGAGUAUUCAUUUGAAAGAGACCUUUGCAUAGAGCUAUAGAAGAACUGAAGAAUCUGAUAUAUCAACAAAAAAGCACACAUUCAAUCUAUAGUGAAGUGUAGCAUUAAAAACUAUCCAUAAAAAUGCCUUCUACAAAAAAUAUAUGUUAAACAACUAUAGGUAUAUACAGUAAUGAUGUGAAAUAGCUCAUUAAAGCAUGACAAAUAGGUUUUUUUGUAAGGGGUAAGUGAACUUCAACUACUUUUUAGCAUGUCUUUUUCUGGACAAAUAAACGAUUCACUAGCCCUCAUCUCCUCUUCUUCAUUGAGAGCUGCAGUUCAAAAAGAAGAAAAUGUUCCAAAUGUGUAGAAUGCUACACUGACAGUGGGCAGAAUGUUCUAAUUGUGGACACAGAGUAGACCUAUUUAGAACAGUGUCCAAAUGAUUUCCGCUCUCAACUGAAUAUCUGCCCUUUUUGUUUUAGAUUUGAUUUUAAGGAAGACACUAGUUUCCCUCUAGCCAGUGGCUCCCAUGAAAACUUGUAUUAUCUAAGAGAGACUUUAACACUCUGGUUUCUUUUUGGGAUUUACCCUGGAAUUUCUCUUUCUGAUUUCAGAAUGGGAGAUCUGUAAUUUCUCAACAUUUGUUGAAAAGAAUGUCCUUUUCUGCUGCCACUGAAGUCAGUAGGAGAUUUUCAGUUGUCUUCAAAGAGAGCUGGUUUGCGUCCACUGGUUGCACUUUAUUGUCUCACAUCUCAGAGGUUACUAACAUCACAUAAGUCAUGCUCCACAUAGGAGUUCAUACCAAAAGCAUUCUUGAACUAAAGGCUACGUUAAAUAGUUUUGCACACUGUAGAGCUUACUUUUGCUUCAGAGAAUCAUCAUCCCAAAGACAGGUUUUAAUAGGAAGGGUUUGGUUGGGUUAAAGUUAGAUUCUCAAUCUGGAGGUGUUUCCGUUCAGGCACAAACUUACUUGCAGGAACAGAGCAUCCUUUUGAGCAGAUUGUGUUGAAAAUGGAGUGGUAGUGUCUUGUCUUAAACUUAUUUAAAUAUUUUGCUUGUUCAUUUAUGUACUGAGAUAUUUAUGUAAAUAAUUGUUUUUAUAUUUAAAUACUUAUUUGACUACAGAAGCUGUGAAAAGUAUCUUAAAGUUCUUGGGGUAAGAUCAGAGCUAUAUGUGUAGAUGAGUUUGAAAACAGGAGAGUUUGCAGAUAUUUACUUACGAGAUGUAUUUUUCCUGUUAUAAUGUUACUUUUUAGACCUAUGGGAAGUUUACAAUCUUUUAUACUAUCUUUUAUUUUCCUUGCAUAUUUCACUUUUAUUGUCUUAAGAAAGCAAUAUAUUUAAUUUUCAAGUUUGCAUUUUAAAAUUGAUAUCCAUGGGUGCUGGUGAUACAUUUU